AUGGUGCCCAGCAAGUGCCGGCCCGGGAGGGGCCCUCGGGCCGCGCCCGGCCCGGUUAAUAAUUGUGGUCUUCAGCUGGUGAUCCAGACCUCAUCAAUAACGGAUAAAAGCAAAUCAUUUGAAUUCAGGAUAAAUAAAGAACAGUCAUCUUUCCAAAAUAGACUUCUGCAGCAUGAUCUGGAAAAAAAUUAUUCAGGAAGGCAAGGAGACCCAAGAGUAUUAAGUCCUUUGGUGCGUAAUAAGCAGAUAUAUCUUCCAGUACCAUCCGGUCUGACAGAACUUUCUGGUUUGGAGUUGAGGCAGCAUACAGGUUCUCUAUCAGGAUUUGGCGAGUCUUCUAUUCACACACCUACAAAAUCCAGAUCUCGACAAAGCAGCCACAGUAUUAGUUCACAUGCUUCAGAUAACACAAAUUUUGGGAGCAGUUCAUCAAUAACAUUUCCGGUAUUGCAACGUACUGCUGAAGAAAAAAUACUGAACUCUGACAGACUUACCCUGGAAAGGCAAAAACUGACAGUGUGCCCUGUUAUCGAUGGGGAAGAUCAUCUUCGCCUUCUGAAUUUCCAACAUAACUUUAUAACCCGGAUCCAAAAUAUUUCUAACCUGCAGCAUCUUGUUUUCUUAGAUUUAUAUGAUAAUCAAAUAGAGGAAAUAAGUGGGCUUUCAACUCUGAGAUCCCUAAGAGUCCUUUUGUUGGGAAAGAACAGAAUAAAGAAGAUCUCAAAUCUGGAGAACCUAAAAAAUCUUGAUGUUUUAGAUCUUCAUGGAAAUCAGAUUACUAAAAUAGAAAACAUCAGUCAUUUGAGUGAAUUGAGAGUGUUAAACCUUGCCAGAAAUCUACUAACCAUUGUAGAAAACCUUAAUGGAUUGGAUUCACUCACAGAGCUCAACCUUCGUCAUAAUCAAGUCUCUGCUAUAAAAGAUGUGGAUACUUUGCCCCGUCUCCAACGUCUCUUCCUCAGCUUCAACAAUAUAUCUAGUUUUGAGGAUAUUCUGUGCCUUGCUGAAUCCUCAUCUUUGUCAGAUAUCACCCUUGAUGGCAAUCCAAUAGCUCAGGAGACAUGGUACAAACACACUGUUCUCCAUCAUAUGAUGCAGCUCCGACAGCUAGAUAUGAAGAGAAUCACAGAAGAAGAAAGACGUAUGGCAUCUGUUGCAGCAAGGAAAGAGGAAGAAAGGAAGCGUGAAAGCCAUAAACAGACCUUGCUUAAGGAAAAGAAACGGUUAACGAUUUGUAAUAUUGCACGUCAGUGGGAGAUACAGCAGAAUCGAAUAGCUAUUGUGGCUUCUUUAAACCAGGAUAAAGAUAACGAACCCUGUCAGAUCAAUGGCAGUGCUGCAUAUGUAUUUCCUGAAGAAAGCAGGUCUCUUGAUACAAUAUUGAACAGUGCAGUACAAGGCUUGUCUGUUCUUGAGUGUCAUUUAGUGGAAGUGGAAGGAGACACUCUUUGCUUGUAUGGUGCCGGAGCGCUGGAGUGCCUGGAUCGAAACUGGAGUGUUCAAACAGCUGGAAUUAUUGUCACAGUCUCCUUUAUGUUCAUAGAAUUUGAUGAAAUUGUUCAAGUGUUAACAAAACUGAAGAUAAAAUUUCCUAAUUGUGUGCACCUGAAGUUUAAGGAGACAAAUCUUGUGACACUGCAGCAAUUCAAUGCAUUAGCCCAGAUGCAUCGCAUUGAACAGUUGACAGUUGAUCCUCAGGGAAAUCCAGUUGUCAGCUUUACUUUGUGGAAAUACUAUGUUCUGUUUAGACUGAACCAUUUUAAUCUACAGAAGAUAAAUGGACUAAAGGUUACUGAAAAUGACAUUGUAAUGGCAGAAAGGCUCUUUGGCAUUCUGGCUUAUGUAGCAUCUUCUGAGCUAUCAGAUUAUCGCAUGCUUUCAUCAUUUGGAGAGUCUAGGAAGAAGCAAUUCCAUUGUCUGCUGGAGGGAAAGGGAAAGAAAUCUGGGACUGGAAGCGAGGAAAGUAGUGAUAACAGAAGAAAUGGAGGAGAAAGCACAACUCGAGCAACAUUGAAUUACAUGACAAAGGACUUUUAUAUGGAAAAGCUUGAGGAAAUCAAGGAAAGAAAAACAUUUUGCCAGACAUACGUCGAAAACUUAGUGAAAGAAGCAGCUGACAUCAAUAUGAAAAACGAGUUGUUGCAGAAGCUCUGGCCUCAAAUGUUCAUUGAGCUUGUCAGAGAUGCGGUGGUAGAAAUACGCAAUAAAAAUUCCUACAUGAAACUCUGCUUACAGCGGAUCACUGAUCAAAAACAGUAGAGUCAAGGCUUGUUGUCUUGCAAGCUUUUGGUUUUGGUGUUCUGUGAUGUUUCACAAACUUAAUAGAAUAUAAAAUUACCAUCACUAUGGCAUA